CUAUGACUCCAGCUGCUGGGAAAGAAGCUACUCUGUGAAAUCAAACCUUAUGAACGGCACAAGUUGUUUAUUUUAAGUAUUAAACGUUGUCAUUAGUAUUGUUUUUGUUUAUUAACAUAACGCAGCAUGCUGUAUUAAAGUGACGUCUGUAACCGGUUUGGAUUCUGUGAAGAUUCUGCGAAGUAAAUUUUAAUACGGUCCAGUGGCUUGGUGUACUGUCUGAAGUAGAGUUAUGGCAGAGUUCUGGUUGAUAUCUGCUCCCGGUGAGAAGACAUGUCAGCAGACAUGGGACAGGAUGAAUGCGGCCACCAGUCAUGCCAACAAUUUGUCCACCAACAGCAAGUUCAUUAUUCCAGACCUUAAGGUGGGAACACUGGAUGUGCUUGUCGGUCUGUCUGAUGAGCUCGCCAAACUGGACUCAUUUGUGGAAAGUGUGGUGAAGAAAGUAGCCCACUACAUGGCUGAUGUUUUAGAAGACAGCAGAGACAAAGUCAUGGAAAAUCUUUUAGCCAGCGGUGUUGAUUUGGUGACUUACCUCACAAGGUUCCAGUGGGAUAUGGCCAAGUAUCCGAUCAAACAGUCCCUGAAGAAUAUCUCGGAAAUCAUCUCAAAACAAGUGACUCAAAUAGAUAACGACCUGAAAGCCAGAGCUUCAGCAUACAACAGUAUAAAAGGCAACCUGCAGAACCUGGAGAGAAAGAAUGUGGGGAGUCUACUGACAAGGAGUUUAGCUGACCUUGUGAAGAAAGAGGAUUUCGUGCUGGACUCUGAAUAUCUCACUACUCUGAUUGUAGUUGUUCCAAAAACAGGUUAUGCUGACUGGGAGAAGUCGUAUGAAACCCUCUCUGAAAUGGUGGUUCCACGAUCUUCAAAAUUGCUUUUUGAAGACCAGGACAGCGGGCUCUUCAGCGUCACCCUCUUUCAAAAGGCGAUAGAUGACUUCAGACUCAAGGCCAGGGAAAAUAAGUUCAUUGUGCGUGACUUCCAGUACAACGAAGUUGAGCUGAAGGCUGACAAAGAGGAGAUGACACGGCUCUCCACAGACAAGAAGAAACAGUUUGGGCCGCUGGUACGAUGGCUGAAGGUGAAUUUUAGUGAAGCAUUCAUCGCUUGGAUACACAUCAAGGCUCUCCGGGUUUUUACUGAAUCAGUUUUGAGGUAUGGAUUGCCAGUGAAUUUUCAGGCUAUGCUUCUGCAGCCCAAUAAGAAAAACACAAAAAAACUGCAAGAGGUCCUCCAUGAGCUUUACAAGCAUCUGGACAGCAGUGCCGCCAUUAUUGAUGCCUCCAUGGAUAUACCUGGUCUGAACCUGAGCCAACAGGAAUAUUACCCCUACGUAUAUUACAAGAUUGACUGCAGAUUUCUUGAUUUAAAAUAAAACUACAUCAUGUUUGACACCGCUGAGAAUUUCAGCUUCAAGGGAAUGAUUCAGAAAUUUUGAGCUAAGUGUGAUUUUUUUUUUUUUUUUUUGUUCAUUCUUACUUAUUAGAUGUCGGUGCUAUUCACUUUUAUGUAAGUCGGUCAUUUUUGAAACCAUAAUUCAGACAUUUAAAGAGAUUUUUUUUAUUUAUUAUUUAAUUUGAAACAAAUUUGGAAAUAAUUAAAUGGACUCCAAUUUAUCAAAAAACUCUUUUGGCUUAAAAAUUCUAAACCAUUCCUUUCAUUUCUGAAUCAUAUUUUCUCUUUGUUACCUUUCUCCUACCCAGUGUAAAUGUUAAUAAUUAAAUCCAGAGAUUUGGUCAUUUUCUUGCAUGUGUGGUGAUUUAUAAUUGGCACACGUUUAUACACUGGAAAAAUAUCAGACUUAACAUUAACGAGACGUUUUAUCUACACAGAGUUCCACAAUUCCCUGUAACGCUGCUGUUCAUGGUAUUGCCAUUUGUGCUUUUUGCUACAAAUGUAUGUUUAUAGAUUCUGUAAUUGUGGUUUUGUCAUUAUGAGGCUAUAUUUGUAAUUUUUGAGAUUUGCCACUUAAAGAAAAUUUUCUUAAUGUGCUUUAUUAAAACAUCAAUAAAUGUUUGUAAAUCUA